GACGGGACGCUUCUUCAACAACGGCGAGUUAUCCAGCUCCGUAGCUUUUAGCCAACAUAGCCGAAAGCAUUGCAGCUCUUUACACGUUUUCGGGAUAUAUUAGCCACAGUGUUUUAAACACACUUGUCGUAUCUACUAGUUAGUUACCCAAUUUAAUGUAAUAUGUACGUUGUUGUUAGCUAACUGGCUGAGUAAAUUAGCAGUAGUGCUAGUCUAGUCACUAAUGCUAACUAGCUAUUUAGCUAACAUCCCAACCAUGAGCUCAGUAAACGACUCCUCACCUUCUAAAGAUGGGAUCUGCUGGAAGGAGAAAGAAACUCUUGGGCUGAACAUUGUCAUGAAAGAGGAGAAGGAAGAAGAGGAUGUCACAGUAAAAAAAGAAGUAAAGGGCGAGGCUGUUACAGUGAAAGAAGAAGAGUUAGAAGUUAAAUUGACAGAUGGUGAAGAAGCGUUGAGAGUGGAAGAGGAUGUUACAGUAAAAGAAGAGGGGGAGGUAAAAGAAGAGGUGGGGGAGAUGACUGUCACAGUGAAAGAAGAGGAAGACAUUUUUGGAAUGAAGGAAGUGGGGGAGAUUACUGUCACAUUGGAAGAAGAAGAAGAGGAGGAGACAGGAGAUCUGAUUAACAGCAGAGAGAGACCAGACUCUCAAUCUGACAGCAGAAAGAGUCCUUCAGGGGAACCAGACACUGAGAUGCCCAAGCCAGCGAUGCGACACCACUGCUCCCAGUGUAAUAUGAGUUUUAAGUGGUUAUGGAAGCUGAAAGAGCAUGAAAGGAAACACACAGGAGAAAAGCCCUUCCAAUGCUCCCAGUGUGGAAAUAAAUUCUCACGAGCACAUGACCUGAAAUCACAUGAGAGGACACACACAGGGGAAAAACCACACAAUUGCUCACAGUGUGGAAAGCUUUUUUCCCAUUUAGGGAACCUGAACAAACAUAUGAGAAUACACUCUGGAGAGAAGCCUUACCCCUGUUCCCAUUGUGGAAAGAAUUUUAGGUCUUCAGAUAACCUGAAAGCGCAUGAAAGGACACACACAGGUGAGAAACCUUACCAUUGCUCUCUUUGUGGAAAGGAUUUUACCAAGUUAGGGAACCUAAAAGAGCAUGAGAGGAAACACACAGGAGAAAAGCCUUACCACUGCUCCCAGUGCGGAGAGAGAUUUUCAAGAUCACCAAACCUUAAAAAGCAUCAGAGGACACACACAGGAGAAAAGCCUUACCACUGCUCCAAUUGUGGAAAGAUAUUUUCAACAUCAUCGGACCUAAAAAAGCACCAGAAGGGACACACAAGGGAGAAAUCUUACCAUUGCUCUCAAUGUGGAAAUAGUUUUUUACGAUCACAUGACCUAAAAUCGCAUGAGCUGACACACACAGGAGAAAAACCACAUAGUUGCUCCCAGUGUGGAAAGUGUUUUUUGUAUUUAGGGAACCUGAACAAACAUAAGAAAAUACACUCUGGAGAGAAGCCUUACCCCUGUUCCCAUUGUGGAAAAUUCUUUAGGUCGUUAGAUAACAUGAAGGAGCAUGAGAGGACACACACAGGGGAGAAGCUUUACCAUUGCGCCCUGUGUGGAAAGAGAUAUUCACGAUCACAUGACCUAAAAUUACAUAAAAGGAAACACACAGGGGAAGAAAACACACAAUUACACACCAAGGGGAAAAAAUCACACAAUUGGUCCCAGUGAGGAAAGAAUUGUACGCAGUUAGAGAACCUCUUCCAAUUGUGGAACUAUAUUUUCCCAAUCACAUUACCUAAAUUCACAUCAAAUCAAACCAAGCGGUAUUUAUUCAGCACAUUUCAGACAUGGAACACAAUGAGCUUCACGGGGAAAAAACUAUGAAAACAAAAACUGAAACGUUUACUACACAACAAACACAAGAGGAUAAAAAACAAAAGAUUGACUGGUCUUGGUCAGUACCCGUGCUGCAACAUUCUGUAUGUUUUACAGUUGACCAAUGGCUUUCUUGGGUAGACCAGACAGGAGAGCAUUACAGUAGUCAAGACUGCUUGUAAUAAAAACAUGGAUGAGUCUCUCUGUAUCAGCCUAAGAAAGAAAAGGCCGCACCUUGGCAAUGUUCCUCAGGUGGUAAAAAGCUAUGUUUUGUCACAUUCCUAAUGUGUGAUCCGAAAUUACUGCAGCAUUCUCGAUGACGACUAGCUUGAUUAAGUCUCCAUGUGUAUCGCAAUAGGUCAGGGGUUUAUAAUCUCCAAAUAUCCACUAUUUCUAAUGAGUCCAUAAUAUUUGUGAUUUCUUCUUCAUUGAUGAUAGUUUGUAGAGUCUCCUCCAUGUGUAUCGCAAUAGGUCAGGGUUUUAUAAUCUCCAAAUAUCCACUAUGUCAAAUGUGCCCAUAAUAUUUGUGAUUUCUUCUUCAUUGAUGAUAGUUUGUAGAGUCUCCUCCAUAAAUCUCUCACUAGGUCAGGGGUUUUUAGUCUCUAAAUUUCCCCUAUUUCUAAUGAGUCCAUAAUAUUUGUGAUCUCCGUAAGGGCACGGUGAUGAUAGUUUGUAGAGUGAUUUCCUUUAUGGUCAAUUGAGCUACUUAACACUGUGUUAUAGUGUCCUACCAUAAUGAUUGGAUCGUUUGUUGCAUGUAAGUUCAAUAAAUUGGUAUAAAUAUUUUUUAAGAAGUGUGGAUCAUCGUGAUUUGGACCAUAAAGAUUAAUGAGCCAAAUCUGUUUUUCCAAUCACUUUUUAUAUUCAAAAGGAUCCACCUUCCUUGCGAAUAAUUCCUGACUGUUUGCCCGUUUGGAUUGGCAUUUUUGUUAAUUAAUAUCAUCACACCUUUUGAGUUCCUUUGUCCAUGACAGAACAUUAUUUCACCACCCCAUUCCUUUUUUCCACGCAACUUCAUCUAAGGAUGUAGAUUGAGUUUCCUGUAAGUAGUAUAUGUUAUAUUCCUUUUCUUUCAGCCGCAUAAAGACUGAUAUUUUCCUAUAAUCUCUUAAGCCGUUACAAUUAUAACUGGCUAUACUUAUUUUAGCCCUUACUGUAACUAUAUACUAUUCUCAGUCAAAAUUUACCAUAAUUAUUGCUUGUAAAGUUACUGCCAUAAGAGGUAUUUUGACGGUCAAAAAUAGAGAUUUCAAAUGUCUGAUGUUUAGAAUUCAAGAAACAGGUUCGAGCAACAAUUGUUUGGUUUUGUAUGCCUGUGCCACAGAUGUUAGAAAAUUGAGUCAAGAUAUUGCGUGUAGUAGAUCUGUGUAGGUUGAUGUGUAUGAUACUGGAUGUGAUUUAGUGUGUACGAUGUCUGGAUUAGAGUAAGACUAUAAUGUGUGAUGUCUAAAUAAAGAAUAACCCAUCCAGUUUG